AUCUUGAUUAACUUUAACUCAGAAAACAGAAAAAAUAAUUCGGACAGCCCGAAUCGGGAAUCGAACCCGGAUCUUUUGCCCGGACCGGGAAUCGAACCCGGAUCUUUUGGUUACGCACCAACGGCUCGGACAGUUAAGCUAUCUGAGACAUCGUCCGUAACAACCUUUCAGUCUAAUAAUUAUUUGCUUAACACGAUAAAAGAAAAAUAU